AUGUCUGCUCCUCACUUACUACACCAUCUCGCUCUGGGACAAGAUGUUUGGCGAGCCAAAUCAUUCUCAGCACUGGAUGCUAACUUUGUACAAGUUGAAGAUCUCGCUGAAAGUCUUCGAACUUCAAUAGACAAAGAUGCAACUUACGGAGACGCAAUCAUUGCACGUAUACUUGAGCAAGAAGCACCUGCGUUUGGAUUCAAUUUAACCGAUAUUCAACAACUUCUCAUGGAUUGGUCGAGUUCCGACAAUCUUCUCCAGUCCGUUGUUCCAGUGACUGGGGACAGCAUCAAAAUUCGAGAAUGGUUACGCGCGCACGUUAUCAACCAAUACGCGAAUGUUAUGCGACCAUCUCGCCUACGUCUAAACAACACUGAGUCGCCAUCAGCCUCUGCCACCCAUCAAGCCCAAGUAGUGACUAAGAAGAGGCCAUCGAAGCUUCAGAAUGGAAGUAGAUCUCGAGACAACAAAGAAAACAUACCUCCAGGAGUCUUCAGAAAGGCGCUUGCUACAUCAUCUAAAGCACGAUCUCCUUCAUUUGUCACGAAGCGUCAGCAAGCUAGAGACGACCUUGAACGAUGGACAGAGAAAUGUAGGGCUGAUGCUCCCGCUCCCACUCUACAGGACGAUGCCAAUGACCAAAACAUCGAGCAAGAACAUCAAGUCUCCCUGAACGCUCUUCCUAAUCCUGAAUUCACGUCUGGCUCGCAGAGAGAUAUCGCCAUGGAUGAUGUAGAUAUGACUGUUGAAGAUAUAUUGACCACGUCGACGCAUUUGGUUUCGUUGCCUCGAGCUGGGCCUGUGUUUCCGAGUUCAUCGAGUAAUUCUAACGCUAUCAAGAGCUCCGAAAAAUUCUUCGUCAGAUAA